AUAUCAAGCAGCUAACAGGCUGCUUGCGGAACCCGUCUCAUGGCAGAUGGCGAAUUGCCAAUGUCACCUGAAGGCAUGGUGCGAAGUCGCCACAAGCGGCGACGGCAUCGGAGCCGAGGGCGAGAGGACAGUGGCAGCCAUCAGAGCCAACGGUCUCAGAGAAGCCGGGACGGCCGGGACGGUUCAGGCGGGCGACAUCGCCAGACUUCUCGAAGGAGGCAUAGCCGGCGACGACGACGGAGUCGACGGAGCCGAGGCCGAAGGCAAGGUACUCCGGACAAUGGCGAGGAUUUUUCAGGGCGCCCUUCACGAGAGGAACCGAGACAUCGAGAUGGAGGGCCGCCACACAUUGAGGUGGACUUUGGCACCGUUUUGGGUGAUGAAGGGCGAUACAUCGUGGAAGAAAUCUUCGGUGAUGGCGCCUCGGGUCGAGUGCUAGGCUGCCGCGAGGCGGAGACGGGCAAGUUGGUGGCCGUGAAGGUGGCCCGCCCGGCGCGGCGGCAACGGAGGCAUGCAGAAACAGAGGUGGCCAUGCUCAGAAAGCUCCAGCGACACAAUCGCGACCUGGCCCAUCGACAUGUGGUGCGGCUAUUGGACACCUUCGAACACGAACAGAGUUUCUACUGCAUUGUGAUGGAACCGUUGGCCAUGAGCCUUCGUGGUUUGUUGCAAGAAGGGGAUGGUGGGUUGUACGUGGCAGAUAUCCGUUCAACAGCCCAUCAGCUCUCGAACUGUCUUGCCUUUUUUCAGUCCAUCGGAUUGGCACAUGGCGACCUCAAGUGUACCAACGUGAUGCUUAGGCGAGGCGACUACGAACUCCGGGCGCAUCCGCGGCUGGGGGAUCCCGACUGCAUGGCCGCACGACCUGCCUGGCCCUUUGAGGUGGUGAUCAUCGAUUUCGGCUUAGCCAAUGUCACCGAGCCAGACACCAGUCCGGAGGCCUUUCUCUUCACGCGGGACCAAGGCGAUCAGAAGAAGGGCCGCUUGCGCGUGGGCGCGCGCCAUAUCCGCGCCCCCGAAGUGGUUCUAGGCCUUGAUCUGCAGGGUUCUGCGCAUGACAUGUGGAGCCUCGGCUGCUUGCUAGCGACGCUCUACACUGGGGAGCGGCUCUUUCCUGUCCAUGAUGAGAUGGAGCAUCUAGCGGCCAUUGAGCAAGUCACUGGUCUUCGCAUUCCUCCGGAGAUGGCCAACGGAGUAGCAGAGAGGAUCUUAGAGAAGGGUGUGGCCUUUGACGACUCGAGUCGAUUGCUCUGGCCCGAAAAUGCCGAAUCACAACGACAGGUGGAGCAUGUUGAGCAAAUGCCCGUGCUACACGAGUUCGUUCUGGAGAGGCACCACGACUUUUUGUCUUUCCUGCAAGGUUUGUUGCAGAUCGACCCAGAAAAGCGCCUCAGUCCCGAGCGUGCCUUGCGUCAUCCUUUCCUGCACAAGGAAUGUCUCACCGAAGUAGAUAGGGACGAAUGAGGCUGUGACGCGCUUUUUUUCGCCAGCGGUC